UGAUGAGCUCCAAGCUGCCCCGGGUAGCGGCAGCUCUUAAUCAUCCCACCUUCGAUUCCCACAAGCAAACACGCCCGCCCUCGGCACCGGACGCAAUCAUUCUUUCGUCUGGACCGCAAAUCGGAUCGCAACCAUGGCUGUCGACACGACCAGUAGCGCCAAUGAGGUCGCCAGGUGGAAAUACUUGAACCACAUCCGCAAGACGAAGGGGCCUUUCAACGAAAAUGACGAGACUCCCGAGGACAUGCCAGACCCCCUGGAGACCUUCAAGAUCCUGGUCAUCGGUGCUGGUGGCCUGGGUUGCGAAAUGUUGAAGAACCUGGCCAUGUCUGGCUUCAAGAACAUACAUGUCAUAGACAUGGACACCAUCGAUAUAUCGAAUCUCAACCGCCAAUUCCUCUUCCGGGAACACGAUGUUGGCAAGUACAAGGCCACUGUCGCUGCUGAAUUCGUCAUGAAACGGGUCAAAGGUGUCAACAUCACCCCGCACACCUGCAAGAUACAAGACUUCGACACCAGCUUCUAUGCUCAGUUCCAGAUCGUGGUUUGUGGUCUCGACAGUAUAGAAGCCAGACGAUGGAUCAACAGCACCUUGGUAGACAUGGUUGACGAAGAUGACCCGGAGUCGCUCAAGCCGUUAAUCGACGGCGGCACUGAAGGCUUCAAGGGUCAGACUCGUGUGAUACUCCCCACUAUAACUGCAUGUGUUGAGUGUCAGCUCGACCUAUAUGCCCCAAGAGCAGCCGUACCUCUCUGCACGCUUGCCACUAUCCCGCGACAGCCCGAACACUGUAUCGAGUGGGCGCACAUCAUUGCGUGGGAACAAGAAAAGCCAUUUCCUGCUCUGGAUAAGGACGAUCCAGAACACAUUACCUGGCUGUACGAGAAAGCGUCGAUACGCGCCAACGAGUUCAACAUCCCAGGUGUCACCUAUUCACUGACCCAAGGCACAGUCAAGAACAUCAUCCCUGCCAUCGCCUCCACCAAUGCCAUCAUUGCCGGUUCAUGUUGCCUGGAGGCUUUAAAGAUUGCCACAGGUAUAGCGCCCUCGUUAGGACUCCAGGAUAACUUCAUGUCGUAUGAUGGUACCGAGGGUAUUUACACCAACACGUUUCAGUACGAGAAGAAGCAUGACUGCCCUGCAUGUGGACAAGGGGCGAGGCCGCUCAAAGUCGACCCGAAGUGGACAUUGCAAGAGCUUGUCGACUCCCUUGCGACCAACCCUAUGGCCCAGCUCAAGAAGCCUAGCAUCAGAGCCGACAGGAAGUCACUAUAUAUGCAGUCGCAAGCACACCUUGAGGAACUGACGCGGCCGAACUUGGUGAUAACACUUGAAGAUUUGGGCUUAACCCAUGGUUCCGGGAUCGUCGUGACGGAUCCCGCCUUUCCAUCCACGACAUAUGAAUUUUUCCUUCAGUUUCCGUGAGAGUCUGCAUGUGGUUGGCAUGGAGUUUAUAGAGAUACCAAAGAUAGAUACGCGACAACGAACUUCGAGCACCAUGUCUAGAGAAUAGAUGUACAGCUGCAUGUUAAUUCAUACAUGGAUCAAAAGGCACGUCACUUGUUCUACAGAUGGUCGAAUGUGCGCAUGGAUACCUUAUAGGCCAGACCUUUGAGGCCGUGGUUGAAUAGGUUUAGGUGUUACCGUUUACGUCAAAUGCCAAGCUUUUUGAACACUCAGCUGC